AUGUUUAGUAGUUGGUGGAAGAGUAAACCAAUCCAACAACAAACGACACCCGCUGUUGUUCAACAAACACAACCAAAACGAACCGACAAAUUGAUGACUUUAGUGUAUUUAGAUCUUCACGACGAUGACACCAUCUUUUUGUUGCAACUGAUGGCGCCCCUCCAAAGUGUUGAUUUUGUCGUGUUAAUGAAUGUACAUCCGACACUUCUUAAAGAUGAAGCGAUAGUGAAGAGAAUCCAAUUGAGUCAUCCACACCUUCAUCCCCCACUGUCUUCUUUUAAAAAGGAGUUGCCCGCAACCCUACUUUUCUCGAAAUUUGUGGUCUCGGAAACCGUUCCAUUCAACAAAAUGCCAACCGUCUUUGCAAGGAAGACGCAAUUGAAAUGUGAUAUAGUGCGAUUGUCGUUGAGUGAUAUUUAUGCUGACGCGUCUCUGUCUUUAGUUGUUUUUGAAUUGGACAAAGCGGUGAAUGAAAAAGAAAAUGUCGUCGAAGACUAUGUUCCCGUGACUCUGAAUUUUAUUCAGCAGUACGAAUUGAAUCUAAUUGGGAAAAUGGUCUCCACCCUUCAAAUUCCAAAUUAUGGGAAGUCUGCUGUGUUGUAUUGUGGCAACUUCCACGAGACAUCUGUGAUUGAUUCUGAAGUGACAUUAGGUACCAUAGACAAGGACAAAUUGUCUCGAAUUGUUGACAAAUUCAUCGCAGAAAAGGAGAAAGUAGUUGAUGGCACAGACUUAGUAUCUCAAUUAGAAGCAGAGCAGAUACCCAUCAAAGAGUCAUUCAGUUACAUCUACGAGAGGUGUAAAAAUUACAAAACGUUGAAUGCUGCAGUGUUAGCAGAGAGUGUUGCGUUGUCUGUGAGUGAAUAUGUGAUCUCAUCCGUUCGGUUGUUGCCAUACAAAGAUAUUGGCACGUUAUACCUUUCUGAGGCAAUUUGGGCAUUAAAUAUGGCGAGGAAGUUAUGGGCGUAUUCCGAACGCAAAGUGAACAUCGAAGACCCAAGCGUCGCCUCCUUUUUGAAUCGGAUCAACAAGGCAUUUGUCGAGAUGAAGAUUCCAAUAGAAAUUGAGAACUUCGACAUUCACUUCUCGAUGUUUUUGGUCGCAAUUCAACGAUGGCUCAAAUUGAAAAUCAAGUCCGCGAUGAAAAUCGCGCUGUUGACGGGGACAAACAUGCGAGAGUUAACAGUGAACGACUUCAUCUUGACCGACGACGUCUUCCCAAACUUCUCGUCAUCAAAACUCAGCGAAACAAAAAAGAUCAACGGCGACUUCUUUGGCUUGUGCUACUCAAAUAACUUGAUGCCAUUGGUCGCCUUCGGCGACCAAAUCAGUGAUAGUGUCCUCACAAUCGACUCACAAAUGCAUGUCCUCAAUUUAACAAACCUCCAAAAUAGCGAAAUUGGGUCGAAAUCCUCAUUUGCGGAUAUGCAAUGCAUACAAUACAUGCAAGUCCCAUCAGCGGCGACGAACAUUCAACUUCCACAAGGUGUCAAUGGUAUUUUCACCCGAUUUGCGAUCUACCCUGUUGCUUCUAAUUGA